UCUUGUGAAACACCGCCAGAGCUGGCAGCCCGUUCAGAAUAUUUCCUGUAACGAGUCAUGGCGAGGAGCCCCCCACCCCUCCUGACAGUUGGAAGGUAAGACACACAGAAGGCCCAGGGAUACUCUGAGUGCUGCCAGCAUGGACCCAAGCAUUCACACUCUGGAGCUGCUGGGGGUCUUGUUCUCCGGGGGGGCCUGGCUCUGCUCGCUGGCCACCACCCUGAUGUCCACAUGGCUCACGCUCUCAACUGACCUGCUGCCAAGCGAGAGCUACGAGCUGGGGCUGUGGGAGACCUGCGUGGUGCAGGACGUCGGGGGAAUGGAGUGCCGGCCCUACAACAGCCUCCUGGGCCUGCCGUCGGACAUCAAGCUUGCCCGGAUCCUCAUGUGCGUUACGCUGGCCACAGGGCUGCUAGGACUGCUGCUGGCCAUCCCUGGCAUGCAUGUGGUCAACAGCUGCAAAGACCAGCGGGAGGACUUCCGGUGCAAGAGGGUGCUGAAGAUGGUGGGGGGGCUGCUGUGUAUCAUUGCCGGGGUCCUGGGCCUCGUCCCCGUCUCGUACAUUGCCCACCUCACGGUCGUACGCUUCUUCGACGAGUCGGUGCCAGAGGUGGUGCCACGCUGGGAGUUUGGGGACGCUCUGUUCUGUGGCUGGACGGCGGGUUUCCUUCACCUGGUGGCGGGAACGCUGCUGGUGACUUCCUGUUUGUGUCUGCAGAUGGAAACCUGUCACACACCUGUCUCCAUUCCUCUGGGGAGGGUGCAGCCAAGACAGCCCCCCAUCAGGACCAGAUAUGAGUACGUCUGAGGCUACUUUCCAUCAGGGACGCCACAAGUCUGUUUCCAAAUUUACUCCCAACUUGUUUAAUUAUGUUAGUUUAGUCUGUCUAAGAUUCACUCAGAAAAUAUGACAUUUUCUAGGUUAGAGACUACACACCCCCCCACAAAACUUGUUUUUGGGUCCCCAGAGUGUAAAGUGACAAAAAAAGAACACAACUCUGUUUCCUUAAUGGAGCUCUGAGUUUUAGGCAUUUAUCUACAUUUAUCCUGUCUGUAGCUCUGUCAUUCAGAGAACUUC